AGCUGUUUAGGGUUUAGGCUUAUCAGGAAUGCCCGGUGGUUUUAGAAUGCUGCUUCAGCUCGUUUUGGUGACGAGGUUAGGCUGGACGGUGGCUGAUGUGAGGGCAGAUGACACCGUUUGCAGUUUACAGAAAUCCUCACCACUUCAAGCGAACUCCUUCAGCUCCUUGAACUUGGACGGAGCAACACUCCCGGAGCGUCCCGGAGCGUUUGGACCGUCUUCUUCAUUUGAUGGGUUCAUCCCAUCGGAUUUAUGGUCUACGCCGGGUCUGACGUUUCGCCAUUGUGCAGCCCCACGGCCUGCUAGCGCGCCUCACGGCCUCCUACAGCAAGAGCAAUACCCACGCCGAAGGCGUCCAGCGUGGACGGCUUUGUCCCCAAAGCCGAAGUGCGUGGGUCCUCAGGUUCCAAUUGGACGCUUCGUUCAAGGGAGCUACACAUUUACUUGCUGUGCUGCAGGUGAGCAAUGUGGUGGUUGCCGCUUGGAACAGGGUGGCUCUUGCAUGCAGUGUGCUGCAGGAUAUGUGAUGCAGACCAUACCUAUCCUGAAUACCUCGAAGUGUUUUGUUUGUGACGAUGUUCCGAACUGGCACGACAAGGAGGGUCGAAGCUGUGCAGACCUGGAAUCACUUGGCAUUUGUUCAGGCACCUGGCCCAAUAAGGAUCAGGAUGUGGCCUUUCAUGGCAUCAGGCCAAGUGAGGCAUGCUGCGCUUGUGGUGGAGGAAGCAUCUACCCAACGCCGGUGUACAUGCCUUUACAAUUCCAGUCCUUGUACGUUGGGCAAAACAUCAACCAGACACCACAGCCUGUCACCGCUGGAGUUCAACAAGUUGCUCCAGGAUGUGAAUUGGCAUCCUCUGGACUUGAGCUCUCCAAUGAUGGUCGUGUUUUGGGAGUGGUCACCCUCCAAAAUCAAUCAGUGAUCAAAUGUUCCACGGUAUCAGUACAAGAUCCUGUCCGGGGCCUCGUCAGCAACAUCGACUUUUCCUUGCCCGUUUCGGCCUUCUCCUAUGGAGACCAAAUUGUCCACUUCAAAUUUUGGGGCUUGGACGCAAGCCCCCCCCAACAGAUCAUAGCCCCCCACACCACGCUUCCGGCAGCCAUCUCGGGUGCUCGCCUUCACUGUGACCCGCACUGUCCCUGGCUCUCGGUGACGACGGCGGGUGUGCUCCACUGGAAUCCCUCGGUGCCCACCACCAGUGCCCAGCCGGUCCCUGCAGAGCUGAGCUCACAGGCGCGGCUUACCAGGAAUGUCCUGUGACGAAAGGGGCGCCGUGGGGCCAUGGGCCAUGACACCAUGACACGUUUGGUCGGAUGUCAUUUUUGUGGUUCAGAAUGUUAGAAUCCAAGUGAGCCAAAGGACGUGUCUUUCCAAGAAACUCCUCGUGGUGGUCGUGGAUGUAUGACAGUCCACUCCCAAGGUGACCACUUUGUCGGGCAUGCCCUCUUGCAGCUGCCAAGUGCUGGCACUGUUCCAAGGGACCCCGAGCUCUUCCAGUCUUUUUCUUGCAGCGCAGUCCCGCCUCUGGAAGGGCGCUGUGUGGGAAUGGUCUUUCCUUCUGGCCCGCGUGGGUGCGGAGCUGGCACCCGUGAGGCUGUUGGAGGACCUCGGAUCUGGUUUCCGAUGGUACAACCGCUCGGGACAUGUGCUUGAAGUACAGGUGGCCGAAAACAUCGCCACUGGAGAGAAAAUGGUGCUGCCGCAAUCUGUCCCUCCGACGAUUCUGGAUGUGGACUGUGUGGAUGAUGCUGGAAACACCUUAACCUGGUCCCGCAUCAACGGCGACGUGAGGCGACAAAGCCAAGUGGCUUUCAAGCUCGAUCCGGCCACCGGCACGGUCUCGGGUACUCCUCUACUUGGCUUGUCUUCGACCCAGGGGAGAGCCGAAGUGAAUGUCACCUGCCAGGUGGCCUUGGGAGGCCCGCUCUACGACAUGGAACUGCCGGUGGCUGUCCUGCAGGUGCACAUCUUGGAUGAUGUGUGUUGGGUGCCCCGGAACAUUUCAGGCAGCUUCCGCUGGCAGAAAGUGACGGCUUCCGGGGAAGGUUUGUGCCUCCAGCAGUGUCGCCUUCGAGAAGAUUGCGCUGCAAUCAUUUUCUCUGCCGGCACCUGUGAGUUGAUGGUCAGUGAUGGCAACGAGAGCUUUGUACCAGAAGCAUUGGCGCUUGUGCGUUUGAACAAUUGUUCUGAGCAAGAUGCCAGCCUCAAUCUGACGGUCCCUGACGCACAGUAUCUUCAAGGGGAAUUUUCAGUGAUGAACGUCUACCAUGACACUGCUUCGUAUUCUCGUCCGGGAUCAAACCCCAAACGACAACUUCUCCUGAGCCGAACCGAGAACGUGCAGCAGAUUCCCACCUCUUGCGCAAAGUCAAGCUGGAUGCUUCUUCACAUCAAUUCCUCAGACUUCGAAGAUGCCCAGUCCAAGAACGCGCCGGAGUUUUUUGGAGAUCCCAUGGCUUGCAUUGACUCGGAUGUCGUGGGAAACACCUUCCAGCAGGGUCAAGUAGCCUUCGAUCUGCACUUGCUCCCCGCAGAGCUUCAGGCAAAGCCCACCAAGCUUCGAACAGCAGCGCUUCAACCUGCUACCUUAGCUUUGUCAGCGCCAUCCUGUCCAAAGCCCACACUUCCGAACCUAAUGCUUGGAAGCGUUCAGGACUCCUCCCUUUACUCUUUGCACCCCUGCGACUGCUUCGGCGCAGCUCAUGCGCAUGUCGCCCCCGUGGAUGCUGCUUCCAACGCCGCGGUGCCUCGCAAUGCGCAGGGCCACUUCAACAACGGCUCUGUCUCCGAUCGACGUUUAUUCUCGGGGCCCUACACCUGCGAGGAGACGGCCUCAGUGGGGCAGUUCCCGCACUUGGAUAUGGAGGCAUGUCAAAAGGCGUGUGCCUCGGAACCCAAAUGCCAGUUCUACUUGUUUGGAAAGACCUCGCAGACAUGCACGUUGUUCCAAAGCUGCAACUACAUACAAGAUGUUGGCUUGCAGGUUGUGAAUGAGCUGUAUGGCAUACCGCCUCCAAACGCGAAUUACUGCCGCAUAGCGAAUCCGCAGCAAUGCUGGCAAGAGAUCAGGCGCCGCAGCAUGCUGAGCUUUACUCCGUCGGACUUGCCAAUGUGCCUCUUCCAAGAGCAAGCUGAUGCCUGCGAUGCUCUUCAACUCCUUCUUGGAAAGCAGGAUGGUCCUUGCACGCGCUGCGAGUACAUCGAUGCAACCAGCCCGUUUGCAGCUACUGGCCUCCAGAAGACUCCACCCCCCGAGUCCUUCUCUUCAGCAUCUCAGAUCUCAGUUGCGUGCAAUGACACGUCUACAAUGUUUUCUAGGCUUCAAGCUGGUCUUCAGUGGGAAGGGCCACGGCAAAAUCCUGUGACCUUUACUUGUGUGAGUGGGGAGUGGGUUGGUGAACUUGGCAUUUGGCAAGACAUGUCCAACUUUACGUGCGAGCGCUGUUUGCAGGUCGGCAGUGGCACGCUGCAGCGCCUGUCCUUGGUCUCUAUGCCGGAGAUCUACUUCCUGGAGCAUCGGCAAGUACACUUGAACUACCCCUUCUCAAUCCAUGGCUGCUCCAGAGCUGGCUUCUUGACCGCUUCUCCGCUGCUGUCCACGGGGAUGGGCAUGUUCUUGGGCGUGGCGAAGGACCAAAGCCUCAAGCUGUUCUCGGCUGCAACAGGUGCAAGCUGGUGGAUCGAUGCUUAUUCAGACCAACUGCGGGUGAAAGAUGGAUCGCUGGAUCCGCGCAAGAACUGGUGCGUGUGCUAUGACAAGAUGCCACUCUACGCAUGUGCUUGCUCUUCGUCCCACAUGCUUCUCAUGCAGGGAGGGUUGCUUCAAGGUGGGCAACAAUGCGCCUCUGCAAAUGCCACAGGGGCACUGGACUUCACUGCUUGCCCCCAAAGUCAACUAAGAUCAAAUGUCGAGUUCCUGUGGCAUUUUGAGUCCGGAGAUUGUUUCUUCGGCUUCGAUCUGCAGAACACGGCCGAGAAGCUCUGGACGGCCACCAGCGAGGCGUCGGGAAGCUCUGGGCCGCCACUGCGCUUGGGGAACUUCGCCUUCAAGAGCAGCAGCAGUCAGCAAGGCCUUUUCCAGAUCUACCUGGAUUACCCUCCCUUCAACGCGCGUCUUUGCCUCCAUGCCGACCUCACCAAGAAGAAUGGUGGAGGCUACCCGAUGGUAAUCUCCUCAGACUGUGCGUCAGCUUUCAUGUGGAGAGGGGCUCAUCUUGCUUAUUUUCACCAGGGGGAUUUCACCACCACUUACUAUUUGGAGAUGAAUGUCGAUGCAUUGAUUGUCACUCGAACGACGAAUCCGGGUGCUCAGUUCAACUUCAAAAUCUCGAAGGGUGCGAUCUCCCCAAGCACGCAGCCCAAUAUGUGUCUCCAAGCACAGUGGAACGAUGUAGCUACCACUCACAAUGGUGCCCGAAGCCAGGUGGCUGGCAUCAACAUCCCUCCCUAUACGCCUUGCAGCAGUUAUGGCGAGUUCAGUGGCAUCAAUGAGGUGAAUGGAACCUACGAGCAGGUUUGUCGGGCAUCUCCCUUGUUGUUUUACCAGGACACCAAGCCAGCACAGUGUAUGACCCUUUCGGCGGCCAAUCAGCAGUUUCCGCACUUGAACCUCGCCGAGGGCCUCCCGGGCACUCCAAGUCCAGAUGCCCUAAUCGUUUUCUGUGCAGAUUUUGGCUAUGUACUUUCCAAUGCCACCUGGCCUGCCGAAAUUCCUCCUUACAACCACACCGGCAACGGUGUUCAGCAACAGUGUUCGGCUUUUUGCAGCUACAUCGGCUCCAAAUAUACCAGCGUCAGCCAGGCUCAUCACUUUCCCAACAAUGCAGAGCCAGCGACUCUGGACCCCACCACCCACUUGAUGAAUUUCAGCUGUCCUGAAACAAAGUUGCUCAGAGGCGUUGUAUAUAAUAUGUUCGCAGCAAUUUGCGAGGGGCCUUGGCUGACCGAGAUCAAAGAAGAUCCCAGCAGUGAAACUCCCGUAUUCUUCAACGACUGCAACGCGACUCUAUGGACUCAAAGCUGGAGCAUCCAGACCAUUCAUCAGCAAAAUGCCUCAUCGACUUGGAUGGAGUUACAGAGCUGUGAAGCUUCCCUCUCAGUGGCCAUGUCUUCCAACCCCAAUCCCAAUGCCGAUGCCCGACCGCUGAAUCUGAGCGUUCUAAACGCGUCAAUGCUGUCUCCGAAAGAACUCAUGGCCUACACCAGGGCUCCUGGAAUCCAUAUUGCCACUAAGCAGUCGGACAACAUCCUUUUCACAUGCCUGCCAGGCCAUGCAGAAGGGCCUUUGCUGGAUGGAAAUCUCACCACCUUGUGUGCCAGCAAUGCUGCGGUGAAGGUGAGUGAUUUGUAUCAAGCAACUAGCUUGUUCAUGGAUGAAGUGCAGACACUCUUGAUGCAGAAGAAUUGCCCCGUAUUGAUGGAAGCUGGUACCACGGUAGAUCCCAACGUUGCCGUCAACACCGCUGGCGGUGGCAUGACGAUGCAGCAGUUGAGCCAUUUGCUGCGCUUGGCCUAUCACACGACGCCCUUCGGAGAUCCCCACCCUGCGCCGUUCAACUACACGGGCCCGACGGCAGCCUUUGCGGAGGUGGUGGGUUUCCUCAGUUUGCAACCGGGUGGUGCGCCCUGGGGCCUGCGGUGUCCUCCGGGUGCAGUGGUGGCAUCUGAUAGCUCCACCAUGCCUUACUGCCGUCAGCUGGACGCUGCGGCCGAGAAGACCUUCUAUUCCUUCUCCGGGUCGAUUGCGUGCCCCGACGGUAGCGCCGUGAGCGGCUGGUACAACCUGCCGAAUGUGCCGGUGGAGGGAGGUCCCUACGGUGGCCCCAGCAAUGCCACGGCCCUGAGGCUCUUUUGCCGCUCCACGCCACUGUUGUCGUCCUGUCAGCAACCCAUGGCCUCCUAUUGCCAGAGCGGAGGAAUCGUGAAUUCGGUGAGCUUUGAUUCCAACCAGUUCAAGCUCGGCUGCUGCCAGUUGCAGAGGCGCCUGGGCAUGGCCCUGACCUCCCAGCCGCGCCACAGUCGCAUCUACCAGGACUUCGAGGGUUACUACUGUCCCAGCCAGAUGGACAUCACUGGUGCACCCAGCUAUGUGAAGACUUUGAUGCCAAGCUUGGGGUCACCAUCGUCUUCAAGCACUUCGUCCUGGACCUUGAGCUGGAACCGCUUCGCUGAAACCUGGGAGCUCGCCUCUUCUUCUGGGAAGGUUUUUGCAUUGCCUGGGAGUGCUGAGACCCCCGUGGCGGUGAACGCUUCGGGUUCCGCUUUCUCGGCGAGCUUCAUUGAGCCCUUGACUGCGGCGUAUGUGAUGGGCUCCACGCCGCAGACGCUGUUUCCAAGCCAGAAGCCCACCGCACCGGUGCUGAUGAGUUUCCAAGCAUCGCCGCCCAACUACAAGGUCUAUUGUGAUCCAGCUUUUCGGCAGAAUCCCUAUGCCUUCGCAGGUGCUGCGUCUAUCCCACUUGGGAAUCCAUGCUAUCACACCUACAACACCAUGCCGGCCCAGCUGCAACCGGCGCCGAAGCAACCGCUGCUCAAGGGAAUCACUGAGGAGGCCUUUUGGCAAUGCAGCGAACGGAGCAAGCGCCGCAAGUACUUGAACCAGAUGAAUGUGGCAGACAAAGAGAAGCUGGCCAACAUGAUAGCAGCAAAACAAGCCACGAUACAGCAGAUCACCCUCGGUGUGGAACUGGCGGCGGGUUUGGUCGGGAUGAUCCCCUGGGGAAGCUUUGCCAUGCCGGGAGCCAAAGGGGCUGAAGAAGCAGAACAGCAGGUGGCGCAGGAGUCGGUGGCUGUCGUCAAGCGUGAGGUGGACCAGCAACUCCUCACGGAGGCCGAAGUUGAAAAGCUGACGCGCAGAGGGACCUUGGAAUCCAGCUUCAUGGAGGAUCUGAAACGUGCUGUGAGCAACGCAGGGCAAGCCGUUGCCAGUGCCGCAUACAGUGUCGGAGCCGGCAUUGCUGGAGGCCUUUACAACUUUGGCUCCAGCACCUUGCAGAAUAUCGGAAACAACCCCGUCGGGAGCUUCCAGGACUUCAUGGAUCAUGGCGUCUAUGCCCAGCAGGGCAUCACUGGCAUCAUCAGCUCCAAUCAACACGUGAAACCACCCACACCUCCAAGUCCACAAGCCUUGAUCAACAUGUCCAAGGAGCUGGUGCAACAGACCGUUCCAACUCUCACGGGCCAGUAUGUGCCUGAUGCCACUCUCUUGGCCGAUGCCGCCCAGAAAGAUUGCCUUCCUCUGCAGUACGGCCUGUCGAAGGUCAUGUGUGACCUCUUCUGCAUUGACGAUGCCGUACGGACAGGAACCUCUUCUGUCUUGACCAGCUUGCAGAACUCCCACAUGGCGCUCAUGACCAACAUCCGCGCCCUCUUGGACUACCAGACGCGAUACUUGUUGUGGGCCAUGGGCUCGCCGCAUGUGGCGACGCCGACCCACGCGCGAGCGGCAAGCGCGGCUUCGGAGAUCUUGUCGUUGCCAGCAUUGUUGCAGGAGCUCACCAGCUUUCCACAGACAGAAGAGAAUCCCACUUCGACUCUGGUUUUAGACCGAGAGGUCUUGGAUUGGCACAAAGAGACGGCAGAUGAUCUCAUUCUGCGGCUUAAGGAAACCUCUCUGACCAAUACAACCAAUGAUUCGGUGGCAUAUUGGCCUCAUCGUGUCAGAGCCAUGAAGGGAAUGCUGCAUCAUUACCAUCAAAGCCUGAGUGACCGAUUGAAGCCCAGCAACGCUUGGAAGACCUCGAAUUCCGCCCAGAACCAGAUCAAGGACAAACUACGUCGCUUGAGCGACCAAGCGUCCGAGCACCGUGAGGUGGCGCAGGCGGUGAAGGUGCUGCGGAUGCCUCCGCUGUCGGCGCCUGCUAGGUCGUUGGACGUGGAGGCACAAGUCGUUUGGACCUCGCUCUUGGAGUCCUUCCUCCACACCCAUGAGAAGCAUGAUACCUUCACCAUGCUCCACUUGAAGGCCUUGGACCAAACGGAUGAUGCAGUUCUUUUGGCACAGAAUUUCUCGGAAUGCGCAGGAGCCGACACUGCCUCGAUGCGGGAAUCCUGGGAACGGGCCCUUCAUGCGGAUGAGAGGUGCAGUGAAGCUUUGUUGGAAGCCUGGUCCGCCACCAUCACCACUGCAGAACGCUUGGAAGUCGCCAUCAAGGACCAAGGCUUCUUGGACCGCAUGGUGAGCCUCCUCCAUCUACAGCCAAGCCUCCUCAUGUCACCAAGCCUUUGCCAGAACCGCACGGCCCAAGCUGCCUGGGCUCAAGAGGCCUAUGCUGGGGCGGUGAAGUUGGUGGUCUCGUCCUUCAACCCUUUGGCCUUGCAGAUGAGCAUCUUCAAGGUCUUAGCCACUUUUCAGGAGCAGCAGCUGAAGCAGCGACGCUUGGAGUACCUGGAGGCGCCGGGCGGAAGCGCCACAUCCUCGUUGCGGACGCUCCUCGAGGCGGUCGCUGAUCCCAAUAGUUCCCAAGGUCAAGCUCUUGCACUGCGAGCGUUGGAGGGCUUCAAAGACACUUGCGGUGAAGACUUCUUUCUGCAGGGCCUGAAUCUUCGAUCGGAGCCUGUAAAGUCAUUUUUGUUGCUCUGAUGUGGACAAGGUCCAAUGGGCCCAUGAAAACUGGGCGCUGUGUUUUGCACCUUUUGAUUGCAGCUUCUGGAGCCCACCUCAGUUCCAAGGCCGCAUUGCUUCGCUCUCCCAUUUUUUGGAAGCAACAGCCUUCUUACACGAAAGACCGCACAGGUCGCAACAUCUGCUUUGGCCGAUGGCUUGCUGCGGUUGUUGCAGAAGAAGGCAAUUUCAAAGGGACCACCUGAUCACAACCGCCCCCAACGAUAGUACG